AUGGAUGAAAAUGUAUUAAAAAAUAUUCAAAAUAAUUAUAACGAUUUUCAAGACACAUUAACAGAAAUUAAUUUUCAGUAUGACCAAUCAGAAAAAUAUUGGAAUAGAAUAAUAGAAUUGUUUGAACCAUCCCCAAACGAAAGAAAUAAUGGUAAUGAAAGUGCUUCAUUAUCUACAUCAAACAGCAGUAGUGGCAAGAAUGGUCAAAUACUAAUUAAAAUUAAAGAGCCUAUCGAAUCUAUCAAAUCGAUAGUAGAAGAUGUAAAUAACAAAUUAAAUAAAAUGAACGAUCUGUUGGAAAUUUCGAAAAACACUCUUAAUCAAAUCAAUAAUUUAAAUGAUAUCAAUUUAAUUUCAAAUAGAGGCAAGAGCAAAUCAGAAAUCUCGAUUGUGGAUCUAAUCGAAUUUAUGACAAUGAUAUUUAAUAAUUUCGAACAGGAUUUCCAAAUGAAGAAAACACUAUUCGACGAUAUUAAAGAGUAUAUGGACCCAUCCUCCAAUCAAUUGAACCCAAAUCUGACAACAGACAAAUUAAACACAACCAUACCCAUGUGGACUUUGAAACCUUUGGAAAAUUUAAAAAAUUCAAGUUAUGUAUCUGAAAGAUUAAAGUUAUUUAAUUCAAUUUUAAAACUUAAUAAAUAA